AUGUCAUCGUUCAAACGAAGAACUCCGGCAGUGCCUUUGAGAAAGGAAAAUCUGGACACCACAAACACCAAGCUCCUGAAACUUGACCAAUCCGAUUUGCAACGAAGCACCCGGCCCAAAUUGAUGCUCAUGGCCAUGCCAACUGAAGGCGAAACGGACGUCUUGCAAGCCAUGAAGGAAGGAAAAUGCAGCAUAUUGACUAACGACGAAUCGUCCGCUUUGGUAUUGCCAGAUUCUUCCUAUCUUUUGACUAAAAUUGAUACCACAAACACCUUGGUCAUGUAUCCACUCCACAACAACAAAGACGGGGCCGAUGCUAGUGCUACUAGUACUAGUACCAGUACCAGUACUAGUACUAGUACUCGUACUAGUACUGCUUCAGAAAGCAACAAGAAAGCCAAAUUGGAAUCAUCAUCAUCAUCAGCAGCAGCAACAGCAACAGCAGAUGACCAAGAACAACUUGUUCGAUUGGUACAACCAGGAGGUUCCGGGGCAUCCUUUUUGUCUCUGACGAGAAAACAAAUAAAACCCAAAGAUGUCCAAGCUUUGUUGCUGACGAAUAAUAAUAAUAAUACAGAAUCACCUGAUACAAAGGGAGUCGCUGCAGUGUCAACAAAAGCAGCAGCAACUCAACCAGGUAGUCAUACGAUCAAAGAUUUGUCUUCGGCGUUGCAAUGUUCUACUUCUGAAGUGGAAGCCGCCAUGGAUUGUUUGCCCUGUUCUGCACUGCCAGCCACAACAACUUCAUCCAGCAACAACAAUACCAAAAACCAAUUAUCUUUCCGUCUUUGGACCGACGAAGAGUAUUGGAAUGCCAAACGAGCCUUGGUCGAAAUGUUGUGCGAAGAAGUGGAUGCCGAAGACGAGGAUUUGCCACCCGAACAGUUUGCCGAUUUAGUGGCCCAACGCAUCAUCUUGCCGGAUGAUUUGGUGUUUGCAAAUGAUGAUGAUGACAAUAAUAAUGAUAAUAAUAAUGGCGAUGCUGCCAAGCAGUGGAAACUGGAAAUGGCCAAGAAAAUGAUUCUCUUGGGAACGAUUGUCUCAAAGAAUCGUCGAUACUGGGACAAGCCAAAGAUUGCAAAGUGGGCCUUGCACGAUUUGGUCUUGACGAGUCGUCAAUCGACUUGGCCAUUGGAGGAACUCUUAUCGACCUGGCAAUCACGAUUACCUCUGUUGUGGUGCAACGAACGUAUUCCAAGCUCGUCACGAAAAAUGCAAGAAGAGAGUCAAGAAUCAGAAGAUACUCCUGUCCAUCCAGACGACGACACUGACGAAACCACGAUCAACAACAAGAAUGUGGCAACACGUCAAACACUGGAAGCCAUGUCAGAAGUGGAAAUCUUUGUCAACGAAGGCGAUGCCAAGAGCAAGAAAAAAGGUGCUGCUGCUGAUGAUGAAGAAAUGGUGCAACUAAAGUUCUAA